CAGACUUCUGUUGGGCAGCUGCUGGAAGUGAAGUGAAGGAGCGUCAGCCUCCAGAGCGGAGUCACUGAAUCAAAUCAUCAGCCCGAGCAGAGCGCGGCAGUCACUCCGCGGAGAGGACACCCAGCUACUCGGCCAAAGACCCUUUUACGCACCGCGGGGAGCUACCUGAAAACGCAAAUGUUGGCACUGUGAGAACAAGGAUCCCGCAGUGUCUCCCCCCUUAAAUUCUCCUGGAAUAUUCUGUUUUGAUUAUUGGAAAGACAUUUGUUGAGUAACAGGUAAAAGCUGGGCAGCAUCUCCUGAACAGAAUGAAGGGAUUUACACCUUUCUUCAACAUGAUCCUUGUUGCGCUACUUGUCGCCAGCGUCACAGCGACCAAGUUAAAUGUUCCGCGGCUGAGACUGUCAUACAAAGACCUGCUGUCCACCAACAGGUCGUCCAUCUUCAGCGGCCAUCACGGCCAGCUCUCCCUUUCCGCCGUCUUCCUGGACGAGUACCGUGACCGCCUCUUCCUGGGAGGGAAAGACAUCCUGUACUCUCUCAUGCUGGGGCCUGCCAGCAGCGAGUCCAAAGAGAUCUACUGGCCCCCGUUACCUGGCAACAGAGAGGACUGCAUUCAAACUGGGAAAGAACCACAGACGGAGUGUGCAAACUUUGUUCGCCUCCUGCAGCCUUACAACCGCACCCACCUGCUGGCCUGUGGCACUGGUGCCUUCCAGCCCAUGUGUGCCUUCAUCUACGUGGGACACAGAGGCGAGCAUGUGUUCACUAUGGACCCUACAAAUGUGGAGAAUGGACGAGGGAAGGUUCCACAUGACCCCAGCUUUCCCUUCGCUAGCACCUUCAGUGGUGGGGAGCUGUACACAGGACUGACUGCAGACUUCCUGGGUAGAGACUCUGUGAUCUUCAGGAGUAUGGGAGGUCGCUCCAUCAUGAGGACAGAAACUGACCAGAAACUUCUCCAUGACCCUAAGUUCAUCGCUGCCCACCUAAUCCCUGACAACGAUGACAGAGACAACGAUAAAGUGUAUUUCUUCUUCACUGAGAAGGCCACUGAGGCAGGGGACAGGGAGGGAGCCAUACACACACGUAUUGGACGAGUGUGUGCGAAUGAUGUUGGAGGCCAGAGAGUGCUGGUGAACAAGUGGAGCACCUUCAUCAAAGCCAGACUGGUCUGCUCUGUACCAGGGCCUCACGGUAUCGACACACACUUUAACCAACUGGAGGAUGUUUUCCUGCUGAGGACCAAGGAUGAGAGGAACCCAGAUGUCUAUGCAAUCUUCAGCACCAUUAGUAAUGUGUUCCAGGGUUUUGCCGUGUGUGUUUACCGUAUGGCUGACAUCAGAGAAGCCUUUAACGGACCCUUCGCUCAUAAAGAGGGUCAGGACUACCAGUGGGGGGCCUAUGAGGGCAGGGUCCCUUAUCCAAGACCAGGCGUGUGCCCAAGUAAAAUUACCAACCAGCCGGGCAGAGAGUUUGGCAGCACAAAAGACUUCCCUGAUUCAGUGCUGCAGUUUGCACGCAGCCACCCGUUGAUGUGGCGUCCAGUGUAUCCUGCCCUUCGCCAACCUGUGCUUGUAAAGGCCAACAUUCCUUACAAGCUGAAACAAAUUGUGGUGGACCGGGUCGAGGCAGAGGAUGGGCAGUAUGAUGUCAUGUUCAUCGGCACAGACGUUGGCACAGUAUUGAAGGUCAUUGCCCUACACACUGGAAACAGCCUGGAGACAGAGGAGGUCACACUGGAGGAGCUACAAGUCUUCAAAGUGCCAACUCCAGUUACAUCAAUGGACAUAUCCGUGAAAAGGCAAGCCCUGUAUGUGGGAUCGCCAGCAGGUGUUGCGCAGGUGAAGCUGCAUCGCUGUGAGACAUAUGGGAAAGCCUGUGCUGAGUGCUGCUUGGCCAGAGACCCUUACUGUGCCUGGGAUGGAUCCCUCUGUGCGCGGUACAUGCCAAACAGCAAACGGCGUUACCGCAGACAGGACAUCAGGCAUGGCAACCCUGUGCUGCAGUGUGUGGAUCAGAACUUGAAUGAAGACCUUGAUGUGACAGAAGACAGGGUUGUGUACGGGACCGAGAACAACAGCACCUUCCUCGAGUGUGUUCCUCGCUCUCCACAAGCUACUGUUACCUGGCUGGUCCAACGUGAUGACCGCAAGGAAGAGGUAAAGCUGGAUGAACGCGUGAUGUCCACUGAGCAGGGCCUCCUGUUUCGUCGUCUCUUCCGCCAGGACGAAGGCAUGUACAUCUGCCGCUCCCGAGAGCAUGGCUUCACGCAGACCCUGGCCCGCCUCACCCUCGAAGUCCUUCAGGGGGAGACUGUGGACGAGCUCGUGGCACGCGACAAUGCUGGCCUCUCUGACUCGUUCAAAGACCGCUCCACAGGAAGCUACAGGGCCUGGAUGCCUUGUAGCGCAUACAGCAGGGGAGGCUCAUCAAGCCAAAUUGGUCAGUCCCGUACAUGGUUCAAGGAUAUCAUGCAGCUGAUUGGGCCGUCAAACCUGCCACACGUGGAGGAGUACUGCGAGAGGAUGUGGUGCAAUGACAAGCUGAGGAGGAAACACAAGAGCAUGCUGGAAAAAUACCGCCAAGCACAGGAGAGUGCCAGAAAGGCACGUAGCAAGAGCUCUGGAGAACGUAACCGGACGCCGAGGGACCUCAGCGCUUUGGAGGAGUAACAGCGAGAAAGUGAGCAGGGGGAAAGGAAGAGAAAAGGGACAAAGAUUGCAGUACAGGACAAGAUGAACUGGGCAGCAAAAAGGGUCAGGACCAGAAUCAGUUCCUAAUAGUUGAAACUUUGGCGCUUGGGUUUGUAAGAAUGUGGUAGAUCAGAACAGAGCAUCUGCUUUGGCCAUUAAACCUAACAGAAUGGAUUUUGUGAAAUCAGUGUAUGUGUAGGUCAGGUGCUAGGGGUUGGUUCUGGACAUGGCCCAAAAAACACAGAAGUGUUCGGUUGUCUGUAAAGACGGCACAAAAAAAGACUGCUACUGAACUGAAGAGACUGUUGCUAAAAAGAGGAGACGAAACACUUUUAGGAUGCUUUUUAAAAAUCUUGAUUAACAAGGACUCCUCCUGCUCCCACACUUGUAUACUUUUACGGUUAAAAACGCCUGACACUGCUUCCAUUUUAUCAAGUCAUAUAAAACCUUUACAAACCUCAGACUUAAAGAAGGUAUGUGUGCCUGUGGACUGACUCUGUAAUGAACAGUUUGGGUUGGCUUUUGGCAAAUUGGAGCUUCAAAAGAGAGGAACAUCACAUUUACAUACUUUGCAUCUUUGGACUACAAAAUAGCAGGUUUGUCAAGUGUAGCACACAUACAUUUACUUUCACUGGAUUCAUCUUCUUCUCACUUGAUAUUUAAUGGUCCAAGUUUCUUGCCUUGCUCUGCACUUAGCUGUUUUUUUUUUUUUUUUUUUUAAAUGAAAUAUUCAUGCAUGACUUCAGCUCAAAACAUAACUGAGUUUGCAGUGUAUUUAUAGGAGGCAUAUGCAACUAAUUCACCCAGGCUUAGAGACUUACCAUGUCUGAUCUUGCCACUGUACUUACACACACACACAUACACACACACACACACACACACACACGCUUAAAUAAACUGAAAUCCCACUCACCCAUAACACUGAAUGCAUAAGCUCAACUAGCCCAAACUGGAAGCUACCAUGGGACGACUGUUGAUGGUUCAACAGAUUAAAGGCACAUUGCUUUAUUUUUACUGCUGUGGGUUGAACUUUCCAUUAAACACCAGCUACAGAUCAACAUUCCCCCCUCACUGCCCUUGAAGGGAUCUUUCAAAGCGGCUUAAUGUCUUGUGUUUCAGGUUCUUGGGCACAUACUGUAAGGAAGAACCCUUUAGCAGAUCUGAAUCACAGGGUGGAUACACAAAUCAUUUUUCACUCUUUUGUUAAAUUUGCAAUAUACGAUAUUCACUUUGAACAUUACAAGCAAGCAUGAAGGUGGCUAAGAUGAGAUGGUGAUGGCUAGCAGUGCAGUUCUAGCAACAGUGCUGAAAGAGUUAACAGUGAUAAUGGGGGUUAGAUUACAAUCACCGGGUGACCUGGGGGGGAACUGGAGGGUGGGUGUAUCACUUUACUGCCAUUCCGCCACUGUGAGUUGGGGGCGGCGUUAUUAGGGGUGCUAACAGUGCUAACAAUGGCAACAGGGCUGAAUGAGCUAACAGUUGAGCUAACACCGAUAUGAACAAGUUCAAAGAAAAGGAGGGCUGGAGGGACUCACAUGCAUAUGCAGCUGGAUUGGUACCACAACAAAGAACAGAGAAACCCAGAUCACAACACACACAGAGUGUGCCUUCAUUAUCUGGUCAGGAUGUCAUUUCUCCACUGUAUCUUUACAUGGCAAACAAGUGUUUGCUGCUAUGUUCUGAAUGUCGUAUAUUGCGCGUUCGGCAAUGCGUAAUAGGGCAUUUGGCCUCUGUAGUUUUUUUGCUGUGCAUUUAGUAGUCAAAAACCAUCCAUUAAAAAGAGAAAUUACAUAACCUGACCUCUCUGACAUAGCCUCACCUCACACUAAACUCAUUUUCCCACAGUUCCUCUAUGUGCUGUCGCUCUCUACUGACAAUAGAGGGAACAAUAGAAGGGGUCAGCUGUAAUGGCCGACUCCUCCUAUGCUUUCUGCUUUGUAAACACCAGUUUUAAGACGGUUCAUGGUUUGAACACAUGAUAAUCCACAUUGUAUUGUCUUCAAGGUUUGUUGUUAAAAUAUAACUUUUAUGGAAAAUGAAUCCAAAAAAGGUUUUCCUUCCACAGAUGACAGCUGGAAAAGAGAACAGAGGGUUGAACUGAUUAAUGGGACAGAAAAACACAGAUAAAGAGAGACAGGGCGGAUUAAUAAAAGACUGGCCUUGAAUGGGGUGAGAUGUGAGAAAGCAGGCGGCAGGCGAACGAAUGCCAAGCUUCAGUUUCAGUGAGGUCAGUGUGGAUGGGCGUGACAGAGCUUCAGUAAUAUAAGCUAUCAACAAUAAUCAAACUGAAGCAGAGAGAAAAUGUAAAUACAAUUGUGUAAAAUGAUUUUCUUAUUGAAAUGAGUUUUAAGAGUUUCUGUAAACCGUAUCAUCCAUAUGUAACAAUUAACUUACAUUAAUGAAGGCUUUCAAGUUGCUACUCUAGCAACCUCCUAUGGCACCACCAUGGAGGUCCAGGGGAGAGCUGUGCAUAUGAUGGGUUACAUGUAGUGCACAAAAUAAACAAUAAAAAACAUGUGCUUAUAAUGUGUCCAUAGCUAAUAAUUGCCAGAUGAAAUACUUUUACUUAUUUCUUGAAUCUUGCACCUUUAAUCUUUGCCCCUGCACAUGUCUGUAUAUGCCAGAUAUCCAGGCUGAUAUUACCGACCUUUGAAGUGUGAUAAAUUAAAUGUUAAUCAGGGGGUAAAAUCUUCAGUUUCCAAUUAUGAACUGUACAGAAGUUACCCAUACUUAUUGGAUUCAUUUGAAGACAGCUACACACAUGUAGUCACAAUCAGCUGUUCACAAAUUGCCUUUUGUUGCCAAAGAACUGAGGACCUCCAAUAUGGCUGCCAGAAGGUGAAACCCCUGUGACAUGUGUACAUACGGAAGAUGGUAUCGAUAUUGUGGGAGCCCUCUCGUUGUUUAAAAUUAGCCAGGAAACAACAUUAACACCAGUGACCUUUUUGUAACCUUAAUGGCGUGUGAAUGACCUCUGAGAGGGGAAAGAAAAAGAGAGGAGGAGUAAAGGUGGAGAGAGGAAAGGAGACAUUAAAAGAAUGAGGUACUAUGCGCAUCUUGUGAAGUCUGUAUUCACAGUUUAUUUAAAAAAAGAAAAUCCUAAUCCCUAUUAAUUAAAACCAUUUUCUCCACAGUUCAUUAGUAUGAAAUGAGUAUUCCAGUUUGUACAGCACACUUAAGCACACAUUUUACUUUGGCAAGGUUUAUUUUCUCGGUUUGAGGACUGUGAGACUGGCUAUUAGACUCCACUUAUAGUGUUUUCUUUAACAAUAUUGCUCCUGAUGUGUAUCUAAAUGGAAGGAAAAUGAUAGAGUGACGGGAAGAUGGUGUGAUGACACAAAGAGACAGUUUACUAGGCAGGGUAAAACUUAAUAUAUCUAGAAAAUAACCCUCCUCAAAAGUUACUUUUCUCAUAAAAUGGUCACCUAAUUUUAUAUUUUAGUCUUGUCAUAUUUUUGUGAACAGUUAAAAAGUUACUUUUCUGGACUGAAGUUUUUGUUGUUGCUGUGGUGGUAUCACUCUGCUUCUGUAAGCCCACAUCAUGACCCUGCAUUACUGUCAUCAGAAAAUAUGAAAUAAGAUAUAACUUUUGUAAAUAUGAUUGUAAACUUACAGCAUGUAAAACUGUCUGAAUAUACAAGUUUCCAUUUUAUGGCAUCUGUCAUAAUGGAACCACCAAAAUAAAUGCAGACACCUUUUUCCCAGGACAGUGUUUUAAGACUUAAAAUGACACAAAAAGUAGUACUUCAGGAUGAUAUUGCUAAUUUAUGCAUUUUUGCAAAUAUGUAAUUUUUAGUCGCUGACAAAAAUGUGGCAUUACUGAAUAAAUGUUAGUUAUUUGUGCAUGCGCAAAAUACACAUUGUAAAGCCUUCAAAUGCAUUUCAGUUGUUGUACUGUUACAAAAAGUUUGUAGUAGUAUCGCAUCUCACUUUUAUAUAGUGUUAAGAUGUCUGCUCUUUAGCUAGUUCAGUGCAGUUUGUCAGUUCUUCUUCACUUUUAUCUAAAACACAUGUUGAAUUUGCAUCAGUCCUGCUUUAAUGUCCAACUGUAGUGUUUUACAGUAUUUAUAAAAGAAAACCUGAUGGGUUUAUAAGACAAAGACUCAAACAUUCAUCAGUGUGAUCAAUGCAUUGUGAUUACUUUUGUAAAACUGAGACAGGGUUUCGCUCCAGUCACACACUACACCAGGUGAUUAGCUGCUCCUUCUGAUUGGAGGUGCACUGAUUCAUAAAAGUCUGCACAUGCUCUGACCACCACAGCUACUUUAUAUCAAGCAGACAAAGAGGUUCAGACUGUGGAAUUCGACACUGCAGUAAACAGUCAAGACAUCUAUCUACUCAGGAUCUUGGCACUCACAAGCUUGGAAGGUCAGCAGUCCAACAAGCACACAUAGCCAUCAUGAAUUUGCAGAGUUCAGCAAGCAAGCAAGUUUCCCUGAACAUUGAGAUAUCAACACUCCCAAUGUAGAAUUUAGGCUAUAAGUGUAAAAGGAGCAUCCGAUUAACAAUGAACAUUAACUUUGUGACCUGUCCCUUUAUUGUACUGUAAAACUGUGCUGGUUGUGGGGCCUCUGACAGAGCCUAAUUUAAAGCAUAUUUAUGUUUUAUUUAAGUGUCUUUCUACCAUGCAUGCUAUGUACUUGUAUGCUAUUUAACAGCAUUAAAAGUGGAUUUUCUAACAUAAA